AUGCGCUCCGUCCAAGUGGGCGAAGAUUCGUACUUUCUUCGCCCAGACUCCAUCGGAAUAGCUGAUGGCGUGGGUGGAUGGGCUACUCGACCGGGGGCUAAUCCAGCCAUGUUCUCACGACUGCUGAUGCACUUUUGCAGUGUAGAAUUGAGCAGGUUCGAUUGGCGACACGAGCAUCUCGACCCGGUAGAGGUGAUGCACCGAGCAUGGGAGCGCUGCGUCAGGGUCGCUCGACGAGAGGGUAUCCUCGGCUCUACCACUGCCCUUCUGGCUCUCCUCCGCAAGGACGAGCUCCGAAUUGCCAAUCUCGGAGACUGUGUGUUGCUCAUUGUCCGAAAGGGGGAGCUCCUCUUCCGGAGUCAGGAGCAACAGCACUCCUUCAACUUCCCGGUCCAGCUAGGAAUGAUGCCAAGAAGGGACUGUGGUCGCUGGACGAUCAAGGUGCAAAAGGGCGAUAUUAUCAUCGUCGCCUCGGAUGGAUUGGUGGACAAUCUCUUCGAUGACGAUAUCAUCGAAGAGGUACAGCGCUUUGCUCCACCUCCUUCCUCUCCCGAUGAAGCUCUAGCCUCACGAGCAAAAGCCAUUUCUCAAGAUGCAAAGGCCAUUGUGAGCCCAUUUCAACAGAGGGCGACGGAAGAAGGAUUGCACUAUGUGGGAGGGAAACAUGAUGAUAUUUCGGUGCUCGUGGCGGUUGUUGGUGAGGCUGCUGCUGGAGGAGGAGGAGGAGGAGGGGGAGGAGCAGCUGGUGCGGAUGGUGGAGAGGGAGCAGAGGGUGGGGGUGGACUAGAGUUGCGAGCGAGAUGA